AUGGCUUCAGGUCCAGCUCCCGUCUAUGUCCUUGGUGUGGGCAUGACAAAGUUCAUCAAGCCCCGUGGAAAAGUCGACUACCCAGAGCUCGGAUUCGAGGCUGGCAUCAAGGCCAUGGUAGAUGCCGGCAUCAACUACGACGACGUUGACCAGGGCAUUGCCUGCUAUGCCUAUGGCGACUCAACAUGCGGCCAGCGCGUAUUUUACCAAUUCGGAAUGACACAAAUACCCGUCUAUAACGUUAACAACAAUUGCUCCACCGGCUCCACGGACUGCACAUGGCCCGGCAAUUCCUCGCCUACGAGCUUCUUCAACGACCGCGUGUCGCCGAUGGACAAGUCGUACAUCAUGAUGAAUGCCACGCGCGGCAUAGAGCCCAAGAAGCCCGGUGCCGCGCAGCUGUUUGGCAACGCCGGCCGCGAGUACAUGGAGAAAUACGGCGCGACAGAUGUCUAUACCCAUGAGCAGAUCAUGAAGUCGCCGGAGAUCUUUGCGCCGCUGACGAAGCUGCAGUGCUGCCCGACGUCGGAUGGCGCGGCGGCGGCGGUGUUGGUGUCGCAUAAGUGGCUCGAGGCGCAUCCGGAACUGAAGGCGAGAGCGAUCCUAAUCGCGGGGCAGUCAAUGAAUACCGAUGCCCCCUCCCUCUACUCAAAGUCCGCCAUCGACCUCAUCGGCUACGACAUGACCAAGCGCGCCGGCAUCACCGCGCUCGCCGAAGCCGGCGUCUCCGCCUCCUCCAUCAAGCUCGUCGAGCUGCACGACUGCUUCUCCACCAACGAGCUCAUCACCAUCGACGGCCUCGGCCUCUGCCCGCCCGGCAAGGCCCACGAAAUGGUGCGCAGCGGCGAUAUCACCUACGGCGGCCGCGUGGUCAUCAAUCCAUCGGGCGGCCUGAUCUCGAAGGGACACCCGCUCGGCGCGACGGGGCUGGCGCAGUGCGCGGAGCUCGUGUGGCAUCUGAGGGGCCAGGCGGGGGAGCGCAAUGUCGAGGGCGUGGAGGCGGCGUUGCAGCAUAAUCUGGGGCUGGGAGGAGCGGUCGUGGUGACGGUGUAUAAGAGGGCGGAUGGUGGGGCGAGUAGGAGGAUGGGGGUGGAGGAGACGAGGGAGGUGGAGAGGGUGGGCGGGAGGGGGUAUAAUCCGGCGGUGGAGGCGAGGGGUUGA